AGCCCGUUGUCCACAUACCAGCUGCACCCACCACUCGCCCUCUGCCUCUGUCUCCUCACAUCGACGUCAAUCGCAAUUCACUUCUCGCCUGGCUCCCGUUUCCAAGUCAUGUAAAAGUCCGACGCUCUUGAAACAAUCGACUCCACGUUCGCCGUAUAUGGCUGGCCCGCAUGGCUACGUCCAAAGGCAUUCCUUCCUCGUGGAACUGUGCCGCUGGAAAUGACAAUCCGACGUCCUUUCCCGCGCAGUCCACCAGCGCACAAAAAAGCACCACAUCAUGGGCCAGAACGCUACGAACUGCGGCUUCUGCUGCACAGCUGGCCCAAGAAUAUAUAAACGGAACAUCACGGCGGCAACAGCCACAACCACAGCAUCAGCGUCAGCAAUCGCAUCAGGCUCUAGACCAAGCGGUGGAAGAGUCGGAAGAUGAGGACAUCGCUCGGACCCAACGCAUUGUCGAUGACAUGGACGAUCCCGUCGACAUACUCUUCACCCGUCUCCAAAAUUCAAGGACUUCACAGGAAUAUCGAGAGUACGCUCGACAGCUCGAUAUCCUGGAGGGCAAUCAUCGGUGGAAGUAUGAUGAGGAAUCCGACGAAUGCAACAUGCGGCUCAUCCGCUCGCGGCUGGAGAUGCUGAAGGAGGCACAUCGGAAAGGAGACAUGGAAGAAAUGGUCUCUCUCGUCCGGAGUGGUCUCACACGGGAUCUGGGAGGCAUGUGCAACGCGCGAUUGUAUCAGCACACUUGGUCAGGCACCAAGACUCUGAUAGAAGAGUACACCGAAGUCGUCAAAUACACAAUAGAGCGUAUCGCUCAUUACUGCGAUCUGGCAGACCCGUUAGAGGUGGAGAAGAUCCUGGUAGACAUGAAGGCGGCAAGGCAGUCGUUUGGAAAUACAGGACUCAUGCUGUCUGGAGGUGGCACGCUCGGCAUGUGUCAUAUCGGUGUUGUAAAAUGUCUCCUGGAGGAAGAUCUUUUACCACGCGUUGUCUGUGGUUCCUCAGCUGGCAGCAUCGUCGGCUCGGUUCUGUGUACACAGAAAGCAGACGAGGUCGGAGCACAAUUAGAGGAGCUUUGCCGAGGUGAUCUAUCUGUUUUCCAAGGCUUUGACGAGAUCCAAGGCCCAGCAGGCAUGGCAUUCAAUCUCGCACGAGGCCGCUGCGCCUUCAACAUCCACAAUCUCUGUCGCGUCAUGAAGCGCCUGCUUGGUAACGUGACCUUCCGCGAGGCCUACAACUACUCUGGCAGAAUCCUCAACAUUCACGUCUCAUCAAGAGACAAAUUCAACCUACCGCGAUUACUCAACUACCAAACAUCGCCAAAUGUGGUGGUGUGGACCGCAGUCGCAUCGUCGUGCGCCCUUCCUGGUGUCUUCGAACCUCCGGGAUUACGUGCCAAGGAUCCCGAGACUGGCGAAAUUACUCUAUGGGGACAUCUAGACGACAAAUGGAUCGACGGCUCGAUUGAAGGCGAUCUCCCAGCUCGCACGAUGGAGCGACUAUUCAACGUCAACAACUUUAUAGUCUCUCAAGUCAACCCUCACGUGCAACCUUUCCUCGAUGGAAACGUGGACACGCCUCUUUACACCAUCUCUGAGCAAAGUAUUCUGCAAAAGUCAAUUGUCAAGAAAGGUCUGCGGCUAGCCCAAGCUUCUUGCAUUUACGCAUUGGACGGCCUAAUGGAUCGCGGGUUUGAUUUCUCUCUUGUCAAGAUGGGCCAUUCGGUUCUGGGCCAAAAGUAUCAUGGCGACAUCACCAUCUUGCCCGAUAUCUCCUGGGUGCCUUGGCUCAAAGUGCUCGCCAAUCCGGAGCUGGAUUUCAUGAUUAAGGCCGUUGCAUCAGGUGAAAAGGCAACUUGGCCAAAGCUGGACCGAGUGCGAAAUCACGUCGCGAUCGAAUUGUCGUUGAAUGCCGCCAUCAAGCACAUCCACUCAGCGCGUAUCCGUCCUGCUCUAAAGAGCGAACAGCGUCCUCGACGAGCGCUCCCUUCAGCUCGCUCCGACUUCUCACUCACACAACUCUGGCAGCGACCCAGCUCAAGCCGUUCCAUGCGCCCCAUCCCUAGCCGGCGUGCCACGCAUCGUCCGACCCGAUCUUGGUACGAUUCCAGCGACGCCCCUAAUAAUUUCCUUCCCGUUCAUCACACCACCGAGCACAUUCUGUCAUCAUCAGACGAAGCUCGAUCUGAACUCUCAUCACCGGUCACCUCGUACGAAGACGAAGACUUUGUCGACGUCACAGCUCGGAAUUCCGGAGAAGUCUCUCGUCCAGAAACACCACGUGCCAACGGCAAGUCCGUUGUUAUCAGAGACGAUGCAGACACCAGAAGAUUCCUCUCACAGCCUCCUUCGCCCACCAGUUCAUUCAAGGGCUCAUCCUACUUUGCCGCCGAGCCAGCCGCGAUGAUGACGGCCCAACCGACACCACAUUCCAGCCACCUGAAACGCGCAAUGACGGCAUUUUCAAAUCUACAGAUGACCUCAACGCCCAUGGCGUUUCAGAACACGCUUGGUCGAAAGAAGCAGCGGCAUUGAAAUGCAUAUGCAGAGAAACCUUCCGGCGUGAGGGUAUACGCGGACCGGGGAGUUAUACCCAUGAGCAGUCUUUUUAAUACAUGAACUUUUGCAUUCCCCCAAGCAUGUCCAGGCGACUUUCCGAAGAGAGGGAAUGGAUCGCCGAGGUAGAUGGUACAUAGAUGAAAGCCGAAUCGGCACGACCCCAAUUUUAUUGUUACGAUCAUGAGUCUGUACGCCCGCAACUUCGUUUCCAGACACAAAUUAUCGAAUAGGCGUGAGCCUUGUAGGUGGGCAGCAAUCCAAUACAU